AGAAGAGCUAGUUCCGGGUUGUUUGUUUUGGUAGGUUGUCGUGACAGCAGCAGUUAGCUUAGCUUCAGUUAAACAUGUCAGCUGCAGAAGACGACACCGAGCUGAGGGACCUGCUCAUCCAGAAUCUGGAGAACAGUGGAGUACUCAACAAGCUCAAGGCAGAGAUGAGGGCAGCAGUUUUUUUGGCCAUGGAGGAGCAGGACAAACUGGAGAACAAAACUCCACUCAUCAAUGAAAACCUGAAGAAAUGUCUCAACACUAAAGACGGACGCCUAGUCGCCAGUCUGAUCGUGGACUUCCUGCAGGUGUUUAACCUGGACUUCAGCCUCGCUGUGUUCCAGCCGGAGAUCAACUCGCUCAACGGUCUGGACAGCCGGGAUCUGGUCUGCAGAGAGCUGGGUCUGUCCGAAUCGGAGCUGAACAAGAACUCUCCGGUGCUGCUGGAGCUCGUCAGGAAAGGACGACACAAAGACAAAACAGACGUCGCCGCUGAGGGAAACAAAGGUGGAAACAUCCCCAAGGACCUCCCUCAGAAACAGAUCGCACAUGCCCGGAAGAAAUUUGACUUUUACGACAAGGACCGGAGCGGCUCUGUUCUAACAGAAGAUCUGAUGAGCGUCUUCACAGAUUUGUUCCCCAGUUUGAACAAGAACAUGUUGGAGAGGUUCAUCACUGAUGAGCUCAGAGCUGCAGACAAAAUCUUCUCUAAAACGAUAGACUUCCAGUUCUUCCUGGGAAUGUACAAGUGUUUCUACAAUCAGUGCAGAAGUGUGGUUGUUCAGGACUCUGAUGUCAGUCAACCUCAGAGUCAGAUUCCUGAAGAGAAAAUCCGCUCUCCAUCUGCCAGCAAGAUCCCCAGGUAUAAAGGCCAAAAUCACAGAGGACAGAGUCAGACAGCAGCCAAGGACUCGGAGCGUUCGGUGUCUCUGGGCAAAGGAGAGUUUCAGCAACCAGCCCCCAACAACAGGACGUCCUCGUCUGGUCUGAGGAGGGAGCGUCUGGACCUGGACCUGGAGGGAGACGGGGAGGAUGACCCCGACGACGGAGAUUCAUUCUUCGACGACCCGCUGCCCAAACCACAGAAGACCUACGGCUGUCAAAGCUCUCUGUUUGGAGAAAAGGACUCUUCAGAGAAGACCAGCAGUCACAAGGACCUUGUCCCCCUGAGGGAGGAGAGUUUCUCUGGGCCAGUCGUCUCCCCCAUGAGACGGGGUAAAAGCCUCAGCGAUCUUUCUGUCCUGGCUGGUGACUCAGAGGUCGAGCGAGACGAUCCUCUCUCUGAUCACAGUCACAGCGCUGAGCUCAGGAAGGUGGAGACGUCGGCGACUGGAGGGAGUCCGGCAGGUUCCUUGUCUGAGGCCCAGAGAGCAGGAGGAAGAGGAGGAGGAGGAGGAGGAGGAGGAAGCAGCAUGUCAGAGCAGAGCCACAGCAGAAACGCCGGAGUACCCGGAGAAAACCCACGCAUGCACAGGGAGAACAUGCAAACUCCAUGCAGAAAGAUCCCGGGAAAGCCGGAACGCGAACCAGGGACCUUCUUGCUGCAAGGAGCAUCCAACUCCAGAGAAAAGGGCUUCAAGGCUCAGAGUGACAAAACCGGAUCUCUACACUUAGAUGAUGACGUUGAAUACGACGACGACUUUAAUAGUCAUCGGUCAGACCUUUCCAAGAGUGAGCUGAGUAUCGGGGAGGAGAUCGAGGAGGUUUCCAUUGAGGGUCCUGACAACAGCGAUAAGUUCGAUGAAACCACUCAGGACCUGAGCGUCUCUCAGCUCAGUCAGAGUCACGGUGCUGACUACAUGGAGGAGGUGGCCUGACCUUCCAUCAUACUACACUCUUGUCUUUCCCAUCGUGCACCUCUUUGUAUUGUAAUAUUUAAGUCUGUACAGUUUCACUGUAUCAAUAAAUGGGUUUCUUGUA